AUGUCACGAAAGGUUGUUAUGUCAACAACGGAUAUCAGCAAAGUUGAUCCACAUGUUUUAAAAUAUCUCAAAGAACGUGCUAAACGAUGGUUGGUAGAUGAUGGUUUAUUGAUCUCUGGAUUAUUUUUUUCAUACUAUUCGAGUGACAAAUCGCCGCCAUCAAAACUGGGAUAUAUCAAACGUUAUCUAAAAGAUGACAGUGAGGACGAGAAAAUCCGAAAGAAAUUGAAAGCUUAUAAUAUUGUUACAUUAGAAUACAAAAAAACGUUUUUGGGCAGCAUUAAAAAAUCUCAAUCUCAUUCAAUGUUAUUGAAUCUAAGUGCAAUGGAGAUUCUAGGUGAAGAACCGUAUAGUGCUGUAGUGGAAGUGGAUCAAUCGUUUUUAUUUGAGAAGAAGUCUAACGCUGGCGAAGAAUCGAAGUUGAAAGAUAUAGUCAAUAUUGGUAAGGAUGUCUCUGUUAUAGGUUCUGACGUACAACGGAAAGGUCUCAAAGGUAUGGCCAAAGUACGAAAAGAAGUCGCUUUUCUGAAAUAUUUUGGUGUCUUGGGAGAAAUCGAUUGCUCGACAAUGAAAGAAUUUUAUCGGAGCCAUCAACAUUCACUAUUAGCGGAGCAUCCGAUGAUCGAUAUAAAAUUGAAUGCUCACAUAGAACAUUCGGCCAAUUUUCUUGAUUUACAUGUGGGAAAUCAAAAUGGAAAAUUAGUAACAAAAGUAUAUCAUAAACCAGCAAAAACAGUCGAUAAAUUAUGA